AUGAGGCGUCUUAGCACCGGCGAGCACGCCCCUGUUUGGGAAGAGGAAGAUCAGGACAUGCAUGAUAGCGGCUGCGACACUGCUGAUAAGCCCCGAUCACUUCUGACCGAGGGGCUACGGAAGGAAAAAGAGAAGCCCAUCACCACUAAGCUUGGACCUACUCUUCAAAAUGGCCAGACCAGGAAACGGAAGCGAGUCACCUUUGCUGACGCCGCACCCGCUCCGGCCAUGAUUGCCCAAAAUCACACGAUGUCCAUUAUUGACAAGCUCGCCGAGGCGGAACCCAAAAAGAGACCGGGGCAGAACCCAUUCACUGCCGUCGUUCCGGUCUAUGCCGUGGCCAUUGGCACUACGGGCAACUCCGACCCGAGGAAGCCCAUGUUGAACAGCGAGGUUGGCAUCAACGAACCUUCGGGUUCACAAAAUCGCAUGCUGUCCGACUUGAUCAGGACCCUCGACCGCAAGAAUGAGUUGGACGCCGCAACAUCUCUGCGAGACGUGCAGAAGAAUCAGAUGAAGAGAAAACGGGGCUCGGCUUCGGCUUCUACGGAGCCCGAGGUGAAGAAGACGAAAUACACUCCUACCGAUGAUUCGGACGAGGAAUCCCACAGCAAAUGGCCCAAAAUUCCCGGCCACAUCUGGAAGGCCACCACCGCAUUCCUCGCCAACACCGUCGACCACCUGCCAUUCUACACUUCCCCCAAGGAAAAACAGUGGCAGGAAGCAACGCUCAUGUGGCAGAGGAGUCAAUCAAGAAACGCAUGA